GGUUCGGUGCGGGCUGGAGGAUCGGGCGAGUACGGCGGGCUCAGCAAGGGUAUAAUUGGCGGCGGCAGGCGAAAGCGGCCGUAUUCGGCCGGCGCUCUCCCAACCCCCCGCCCGGCGCUCGACCCCCCCCCCCAUCAAUCCCGGCUUGAACCGCCAUGUCGCUGUUGCAGUCGGCGUUGGAGUUCUUGGCCGGGCCCGGCUCUUUAGGAGCCGCCAGCCGGGAUCAAAACGAUUUCGUGGGGCAGGUGGUGGAGAUGGGCGACAUGAAGCUGCGGAUCAAGAAGGUCAUCGCCGAAGGUGGCUUCGCUUUUGUAUAUGAAGCUCAGGAUCUUGGAAGUGGGAAGGAUUAUGCUUUAAAGAGAUUAUUGUCCAAUGAAGAGGAAAAGAACAAAGCUAUCAUUCAAGAAGUCUGCUUCAUGAAAAAACUAUCUGGACACCCAAACAUUGUCCAGUUCUGUUCUGCUGCCUCCAUUGGAAAAGAAGAAUCGGAUACUGGGCAAGGAGAGUUUCUUCUGCUCACAGAACUUUGUAAAGGGCAGCUAGUGGAAUUUUUAAAGAAAGUGGAAUCUAAAGGCCCCCUCUCGUGCGAUACAGUUUUGAAGAUAUUUUAUCAGACUUGCCGUGCUGUGCAACAUAUGCACAAACAGAAGCCCCCUAUUAUCCACAGAGAUUUAAAGAUUGAAAAUACGCUGAUAAGUAAUCAAGGAACAAUUAAAUUGUGUGAUUUUGGUAGUGCAACAGUUGUGACACAUUAUCCUGAUUAUAGCUGGUCAGCACAAAGACGGGCAACUGUUGAAGAUGAGGUCACAAGGAACACUACACCAAUGUAUAGAACUCCUGAAAUUAUAGAUUUAUAUUCAAACUUUCCAAUUGACGAAAAGCAAGAUAUAUGGGCCUUGGGUUGCAUUCUCUACUUGUUGUGCUUUAGACAACACCCAUUUGAAGAUGGAGCUAAGCUUCGAAUAGUCAAUGGAAAAUACUCCAUCCCACAGAAUGACACAAAAUAUAUCGUGUUUCAUGAUCUUAUACGUUCUGCUUUGAGGGUGAACCCAGAAGAGAGGCUGUCCAUCACUGAGCUUGUCAAUCAGCUGCAGGAGAUUGCGGCUGCUAGAAAUGUGAAUCCAAUCCCUAUCACAGAGCUUCUUGAACAAAAUGGGGGCUACGGGAAUUAUGCUCAGCCUAAGACAUCUUCAGCCUUGGUGCCACAGAACUCAAAACCUGCUGGUCAGCUUAACAAUAUAUAUAAUGCAGGGCUGAUAGUGGCAGAAUGUGACCAGACUGCUGGUGGGUUUUUUGAUAUCCUUCGAGGUGGGACCGAAAGAUUUUUCACAAAUAUCAAGGAUACAUCUUCAAAAGUUAUUCAAUCUGUAGCCAAUUACGCAAAAGGAGAUUUGGAUAUAUCAUACAUUACAUCCAGAAUUGCUGUGAUGUCAUUUCCAGCGGAAGGUGUUGAGUCUGCUAUAAAAAAUAACAUUGAAGAUGUGAGGCUGUUUUUGGACUCAAAACAUCCCGGACGCUAUGCUGUCUACAAUCUGUCUCCAAGAUCAUAUCGGCCUUCCAGAUUUCACAAUAGGGUAUCUGAAUGUGGUUGGCCGGCAAGGCGUACGCCAAACCUUCAAAACCUUUAUAGCAUCUGUAAGAACAUGCAUUCAUGGCUGAAGCAAGAUCCCAAGAAUGUUUGCAUUGUGCACUGCCUUGACGGAAGAGCAGCAUCCGCAGUCGUGGUCUGUUCUUUCUUAUGUUUCUGUCGCCUCUUCACCACAGCUGAAGCUGCUGUUUAUAUGUUUAGUAUGAAACGUUGUCCUCCCGGCAUUUGGCCAUCGCAUAAGAGAUAUAUUGAAUAUAUGUGUGACAUGAUGGCGGAUGAACCCAUUAUUCCUCACAGCAAGCCAAUCCUCAUAAAGUCAAUCAUCAUGACUCCAGUUCCUCUCUUCAGCAAGCAGCGCAAUGGCUGUAGGCCUUUCUGUGAAGUUUAUGUUGGAGAUGAAAGAAUAACCACUACCUCACAAGAAUAUGAUAAAAUGAAGGAUUUCAAAAUGGAAGAUGGGAAAGCAGUCAUCCCAUUAGGCAUCACCGUCCAAGGAGAUGUCCUCAUUGUGAUAUAUCAUGCCAGGUCCACUUUAGGUGGCAGACUCCAAGCCAAGAUGGCAUCAAUGAAGAUGUUCCAGAUCCAGUUUCAUACAGGAUUUGUACCUCGCAAUGCCACAACUGUGAAAUUUGCAAAAUAUGAUCUGGAUGCCUGUGAUAUUCAAGAGAAGUAUCCUGACUUGUUUCAAGUGAAUCUAGAAGUAGAAGUAGAGCCACGAAAUAAACCCAUCAUGGAACGAACUCCCUGGGAUAACUUGAACAUCAAAGGUCUAAAUCCCAAGAUCCUUUUUUCCAGCCGCGAAGAACAGCAAGAGAUUUUAUCGAAAUUUGGUAAGCCUGAACUGCCUAGACAGCCAGGAUCAACUGCCCAAUACGAAGCAGAAGCCUCAACAUCAGAAGCCUCUUCUGAAGGUCCACCUGCGGAGCCAGACUCUCCAGAGAGUGGCAGUGCUGAGGCAAACUUCUUUCAUACACUAGACUGGCAAGAAGGAAAACAAUCUGAAGCCGCUCCUGAAGGUUCCUUUUCUCAAGAGAGUCUUGAUCACGUUGAGGAAGAGAAGGAGAAUGAACUUUCCAAUGAGGAAUUCUCUGCAUUCCCCGAUGAUGUUAGACCUUCUGAGGACAGAGAGAUGCACCUCCUGGAACAGAAAGAUGGCAAGCCUUUUUUUGAAGCUGGCUUUGAUCUACCAGCUGCUCAGUCAGAAGAGGCUCCUGAAGAAGACAGCAUUGAUUUGCUUGGGCUGGAUUCAGAGGCUGCUCCUGAACUUCUCCAACCUCCAACGGAGAUGAAGAGUUCUUCCAGCAAUGCAGACUUGCUGAAUGGACUCUUUGUUGGUAGCACUCCAGAAGUUUCAGAAGAUUCAACUGCAGACCUCCUGGGUGGAGGAGCAGACUUCUUUUUUGGUGGCCAGCCCCAGGCCUCAGCAGUUUCCCAGGGCAGCAGUUCCUCAGUAGCAGCCACCUCUUCGUCUACAGCUGACCAGUUUGACCCAUUCACAGCCAGUGCAGACAGUCCAACUCUUACCGGUCCUGAUCUCUUUGGUGACUUUCUUAGUUCAAAUGCACCAACUGUACCUGCUAUGUUUCCUUCCACACACAGUGCACCGCCUCCUUCCUCUAGCACAGACUUCCUUAAUUUGGGCAAUUUGGCCCCAGAACCACCUAAAAUAACUUCCUCAGCAAGCCAGCCAGACCUUUUAGGUGGCUGGGAUUCUUGGACUGACAGCACUGUCCCAACAGCGCCUAAGAAAUCAACUUUGGACGGCCCAGCUUUCACAUCAGGAGGGCCAGCGAGUGGCUCCUUGGGUCAUUCCUCCAAUCAAGCAAAAUCACAGAAUCUUGACCCUUUUGCUGACCUUGCAAACUUGAGAAGUGGCCUUCCAGGAACAUCUAGUGGAGGAUUCUCAGCUGGCAGUUUUGCGUCCAAGUCAGCUCAAAAAUCAGCGGGGACUCAGUGGCAAACAAGCAAGCCACAAACCACCGGCACUUCAUGGCAACCUUCACCCCAGCCCAAACCUCCGGAACAAGCCAAGUUGGGCACACAACCCAAACCCAACUACACUGUGAAUUUUAGUGUAAUCGGAGGGCGGGAGGAGAGAGGUAUCCGAGUCCCUGGCUUUGGACACAAACCCAAAGUUUCAGAAAAUGAUUUUGAAGACCUUUUGUCAAAUCAAGGCUUUUCAGCAAAAUGUGACAAAAAAGGAUCCAGAACCAUUGCUGAGAUGAGAAAGCAAGAACUAUCUAAAGAUAUGGACCCUCUAAAAUUAAAGCUUCUAGACUGGAUUGAUGGAAAAGAGAGGAACAUAAGAGCUUUAUUAUCUACUCUUCACACUGUGCUUUGGGAAGGUGAAACCAAAUGGAAGCCGGUUGGGAUGGCAGACCUGGUUACCCCUGACCAGGUCAAAAAGUACUAUAGAAAAGCAGUGCUUGUCGUUCAUCCAGAUAAGGCUACGGGGCAGCCUUAUGAGCACUAUGCCAAAAUGAUCUUCAUGGAGCUGAAUGAUGCGUGGUCAGAAUUUGAAAACCAAGGCUCAAAAUCCCUUUUUUAACAGAAAGUCCCUCUUUGCAAGGGAAUUGAUUUCAAAAUGCAUUGGCAGCAAAAUUGAAUCUCGAGUGCUGUAGUGUAACCUCCUUAGUUGGAGGAGGGAGGCGAAACAACUUUCCCUGUUCUUGCACAAUUUAAAACUGUACACGCAGCCACACAGUGUGUAUUGUAGGAGAUAAAAUGUGAAACUUCGCAAAGAUGGCAUUCCCAUCAGUGCUGGGAAGUUUGUGUGGUGGAAGUGGCAAGUUUCAGGCUAUGUUAGAGAAGGUUGAAUGCACCAGUAAUUCUAAUAAUGGCUGCUGGCGUGAGCAAAAUUUUGCUAGUGGGAACAUCAUCUGUUUUGCAUCUUGAUUUUUUUAAAAAAACUUUCCAUUUGAAAAACACAAAACCUCAAUUUGCAUUUCUGUUUUAUUUCCCAUGUAGUCUUUGUGAUUCCCCCUACCCUUUUGUUCCUUGUUUGCCUUAUUUAAGUGCUUUUGUUACCCUAUAGUCUGUGAGUUUGUGUGACAUCAUUUUUUUUUUCUCGUUUCUGUUAGAGGUGUACAUUUUUCUUCUGUAUUUUAUGUAAUCCUUCCAAUGAUCAUUCUGUAAAUAAUUAAAAUAGUUUUCUGACAACACCUGUGUUCCUUACCCUGCAUCAACAGUUGCUUAGCCAAAAGCUCUUCCAAUUGGAGAAAGAAGUUGGCUUGGGCAAAUCUUGGGUUUGUACUACUUCCUUUUUAAAAAAAAUAACAAACGAACUUGUAAACUAUAAACAAAGAAGCAGAGCUCAAGGGCUGUAUAGUCUUGCCUUAUUUAUUAUAGUACCGUUGGAGGCAAGACAGUUAAUGUUAAAGUGUUCAACCAGAAAGAUAGCGCUUGUGACUUCUCCCUCUUGGCUGCACCGGGUGAUCGACACGCAAUUUGCAGGCAGGUUGACACAUGCACAGAUGGAAGCUGAAGUCCAUUUGGUUACUGCUUUGGUUCGCAUUUGAUGAAAUUGCGUAAACGUUGCCUCUUUAAUGGCCAUUUUGAAGGAGUGUGCAUACUUUUGUUAGCCAUAGCUAACUUUUGUUCAUUAUUUAUAAAGUCUGUAGAGUCUGGAGGUUUGCAUGGGUGGAUAUGUACCCUCUUCAAGACUAUCAAUAUGUAUAAUUAAAUUAGAUGGGUAGACAGAUAUUAUUUUAAAGACAAUCCCCUUACUUGAUGUGUCCUUUAGAACACUUAGUUCUAAAACCGGGGAGGAAAAAAAAAUCACUUUUGGGUGUAACUUAACAAUACUGUAAUGUAGUUCAAUGUAUCAGAUUAGCAGCAUGCUCAAUCAACAUUUGAUCUCCGAGCUGCAUUAGUAGCUCCCAAUAAGAGAGUCUAGUUUGCCGUUCAAAUUCAUUCACUGUUUUUAUGGUAUUAUGAAUUGUUUUGUCUGGUUACAGGUGACCGCUGAGGUGAAAGCUUGACAUAAUCACUGAAGGGCUGUUUUAUUUGUGAGCAACUCCUGAACAAAUUUAAUUCAAAGUGCUGUGUCUUUUUCCCUUUAGAGCAGGGGUCGCCAACCUUGGCAACUUUAAGAGUUGUGGACUGCAACUUCCAGAAUUCUUCAGCCAGCUUUGAGGAACUCUGGGAGUAAAAGUCCACAAGUCUUAAAGUUGUCAAGGUUGGAGACCCCUGCUUUAGAGAACCAACUCUCUUUUUGGGGGGGAAAAGGGCAGAAGUGUUGAUGAGAGGCCCUAUUUAAAAAAAAAAACCACCUCUAAGUUGGUGUGAACUAGAGAAAGAUGUACAAAGUCAAAACAAGAAAGUGUGGAAAAGUUUGAAAUUCUCACAACUACUUGAAACCCUUCUUUUCCCCUGAAGAAAAUGCAAUGGGCUAAAUGCUAAAAUGGCUUUUAGAGGUGAUCAUAUUAGGCUGAAAACCCUAAUGUAUAAGGCAGGGACAGGGGACCUAGGGCUCUUUCUGUGUCAUUGGAUUAUAGUUUUGAAACAUCUUGCACCACUGGCUAUGUUAGCUAAGGCUGAUGGAAGUUCAGCAACAUUUACAGCCUCUAACCCAUUGGGUAGUUUCUGUAAAUCUGUAAAAAUUAGGAUAAAAUGCAGAAUUAGAGUAAAACAAAGCCCUCCUUGUAAAUUCCUGCACUUCUAAAUAGAGCUGCUUGCAACUUAAUCUUUAAUAACAGGAAACACUUUGUGCAGCCAUUUUUAAAGGCAGGAUAAAUUCAGAAAUGAUAGUUUAGGGGUCUCGUCCCCCCAAAUAGAUUCUUCGCUGCUUUACUUUACUCUUUGAGUUGAGAGGAAUUGGUGUAUAAUACACCAACAUUACAGUUGCCCUGGUUUGGUGUUCCAGAAACCCCAGCUUGAUUUCUUGGGGGAAGAAAUGGUUGAAAGGGGUCAAUGCAAUUCCCCUAAGUACUGUAAUUGCCAGAUUAUAGAGCACAAACUGUCUCUUAUUCUUAGAAUAUCUCUUGCUGUUAAUUGUGUACAGUCUGGGCCAUUCUUAAAACACAAGGACAGAUCUAGUGGGAGUCGAGAACAUCUGCCUGCCCCUUAAUUGCUAGUCUUGGUCUGUUCUAGAAUUAAUUUAGAAAAAGGAUCUGUGAUUUCUGCUGUAUACGUAUGACAUAUUUUAUAUACAGCCAGCACUGCAAAUUAAUCUGCUAGCUAACGUACUCAUAGUAUCCAGGACUUUUUGGUCAAACCUCAACAGCUUUUUAGUCAUAACACAGAGUUGCAUUAGAUUCAAAGGGCUUUCGUCCUUUUUUGAAGCCUUUCAUAAGAAACCUAUUUGGGAUGUUUUGCUGCUGCUUUGCACUCCCUUGUUGGAAGAAACUUUGGUUCUUAGCUUGCCAUUCAAAAUACACUUCUAUGCCCAGGUCAUCCCUUAGCAUAUGAUAUAGUAAAAACAUGUCCUCCUGGGAAUUCUUUUAUGGACAGAUGCCAGUGACACAGGAGGGAAAUCUGUAUGGAUGUGGGUAUCAUAUCCAGGAAAGGGACCCAAUUUAAGGUCUCAGGAUUGUAUUGGGAAGAAUGGAAGUACAUUUCUACUUUCUAAUGUAACACUAAAAAAUGCUAUUAAGUGACACUUAGCUAUAAGUCACCUUCAGCUUAAAUAUGACCCACUCAGUGGAACUUCCAAUAUGUUUUCAGAUGUGCCAUUAAGAGUGAGAACUGCAAACAUCUCAGCAUAAUCCACUCCAGUUAAAACUUCAACUUUCAUGACUCUUCCAGGACCUUUUUGGAGAUGCAGCUUUAAUAAAUAUUCCUUCUGACCACAAAGUGGUAAAAUGGUUGCGUAUAGACAGGUUCUACCGAACAUCUUUCAAGAGGGCAAAUAUUCAAGUUAUAUAAAGAGUAUAGAUCACAUAACUUACUACUCUAAGAUCUUUCAUUUUUGCUACAGUGAUCAGAAAGUGAGUAUCAGAUUCCCAAAGUCUGAUUCCUUGCAAAUUAGUCCUUUAAAUGAAGCUGCUGUGAAUUCCAGAGAGAGAGAGUCCAGUUUAUAAAUGCUUGAAAUAACAAUUUGCUAUAGUUCUGUCAAUGUUGAUGGUACCUUACCAUAAAACAUAAGGAGAAAAAAAGUCAUGGCUUUACCUAGAUUAAUUUACAGUCUAUAUUUCAAGAAAGGUAUCUGAGUUAAUAGUUGGGGUAGAAACCUUGCAUAGGUUAAGUGUAAGCCAGUUUUAAUUUGGAUGGUAGUGGUGCUUUCUUUGAUGAAUUAUUAUCUUUCUCUGGUGAAUUAUAAUGUAUUAAAAUAGUAGGUGCCUGGAGACAAAAGCCUGGUGAUAUUUUUAAAAAAUUACAUUCCAAGCAACUUCAACCUGCAAUCAUUUCUUUUUAGAGGUACUUGGUACUGAAGUUCAGAAAAAUGCAAAUUUGAAUCAGUGUUAAACCAACAGCAUUGAAAAAGAAUUUAAUAGUCUGGUAAUCGGGGGUAACAUUUUACCACUAUAUGUGUGUAUAUAUAUAUAUACCUAUUAUAGUGUAAGAGGGAUGAAAGUACAUCUGUGCCAGAACAAGCUCCAUGAUCAAUGCUCUAGUUUUGGGAACUGGAUAGUCAGCAUCAUCUUUGGAGCUGGUACAGAUUUUAAUUUUUAGGUGAGUUAAGAUUUUCUUUUUAAAGAUUAUUGCUUGCAUGGUCUAAAUCCAAUUUAGUUUCUUUGAUGCAGUAUUUGAUGCAGCUGCUAUAUUAUGUUUACCUCUUCUGAUUUAUAUAGGAUAUAUACAUGCUGUGAAUAUUUUAAGGGCAACAUAAGAAAUCUACCUUACACCAUCUCAAUUUUGGUAGCCCAUUUCAACUGUUACCUACCCUCAGUGGCAUCACAUUUCCCCCAACUUGGAUUAUCCCUUCUUAACCAGCGACUGAGUUUAGAAACAUCGUUGUUAAUAUGUAAUAUUCUUUUGCUCAAAAAUAAACUUUGUAGGAUUUUUAGGCAGGUUUCGCCCUCUACUGUUCCAAGAGAUAGGAAGAUCUGUAUCUGUGACUUUUUACAGAGUACGCAUGUACUCUUCCACUGAGCCAUGCUAUAUCUUUCACUAGCUUGUAUCCGAUUUUAUUAUGCUCUAGCGGGGAAAACUGUUCCAAUUCGAGAAGAGCUUUAGCAGAUUGUUGGCUGUGAACAUGCCAAGCUCUUGCUCAGUUGGAAUUUUAGCAUUUUGGCCAAAGAAUUUUAGCUGGAAUGUCAAAGCUGUUCUUUCAUUCAAGUUAAUGGAUACCUCUGUAAGCCUUUCUUUCUCGGGUUGUUUUUUUCUACCCCUCUAGCAUCAAUUGAAAUCAAUGGAAGCCAUGCUAUCCCCAAAGAGGAUUUAAGUCUUCAGAAAAAUAAUACCAGUUGGCUGGUUCUGCUAACUGCUUUAGAAAUUCUAUUCUUUACCUUUCUCCCCCCCUCCCCCAUUUUCUUUAGAAGAUAUUUCAGUGUUGUGAAAGGCAGUGGUAUACAGCACAUUAUUUGACAGAUUUAUUGCAGCAAUUCUAUAACUUUCUUCCUCUGGGGGAAAAAAUACUUGUUUUCCCACACAAUAAUAGUAGCAUUUUCUUUUUGUGACAUAGAGAUGCUUUUGUAAACUCACAUAACUGUGGAAGCAUUGCUGGGAAUAUCCGGUGAAAAUAUGGAUUCUUUCAAAUCAGUAGUGCUUGGUUUUUUUCCCAUGCCUCAAUCAGUGAUUUAUUGCAUUCUUCUUUAAUCCAAUUAUAUUUUAGGUAUAACUGUCAUAAAUAUGUUGCUCAAUUAGCAAUCAAAAUAACAUUUCCCCUUUUUAUUUCUGUAUUACAAUUUGCAAAUCAUUCCUCUAGAGCAGUGUUUCUCAACCUUGGCAAUUUUAAGGUGGGUUGCUGGGCAAUUCUGGAAGUUGAAGUCCACACAUCUUAAAGACACCAAGGUUGAGAAACAUUGCUGUAGGAUUCAAUUCUCCAUUCCUGAUUUUGAGCAUAACCCAGAACAGUAACAACAGAUUUGAGCAAUGAGAUUUUAAAAAGGGGAAGGGGGGAAAUCAAGCCUACAGCAAUAAAAAAAUUAGGUCUGGCAGCCUCACUUGGGGAGCAAGGAAAAGUCAUUUCUGUAUCCUCUCAUGUACCUUGGACUUCCAUAUGGCUUUUGCACCUGAAACCUCCGAAUUAAAAUGUUAAAAUUAUUGAUGGAACUGUUUUUAAUGAAGGGUGCAUUUACAUUUUUUUAAAUUUAAAAAAGGGAACUUAUAGGCAUUGUGAACAUUUUUUUUCCUAAUCUUUUGGUGAAUGUACUGUAUAUUAUGGAACUGAAGAACAGCGAAUGAAGAUCCUGCUCAUUCCAUGAUAAAAAAAAAAAUCACAUUUUUGUAUCUUAAAUCGUCUGUUUUGCUGUUCAUAUGCAUGGGGGUUUGGGUGGCGUUGAGUUUAGAUAAAAAGAUGGAGAGAGGGGAACAGAGAUUGUUGUUUGUUUAUUUUCAUUGUGGUCCAAGUACCUUUGGUAAUAGUUCAAAUGAAAAAAUGUAUAAACGUGUACGUACAUAACUGAGCAUUGUUUUAAGGGCAUACCUUGUAAAACAAUUGUGGAUAAUCUAUGUGAAUGUUUUGCUCAUAAUGUACUGAAUCAAAGUCUUUUGCUUUGAAA